ACACAGUUUGUCAUACUCGGAUAUUAUCUGUGAAUAUUUAGUGAAUUAAAUAUGUACAUAAGAAUAGGUACCUGAUCAACACGAUCUACAUCGUUCCACACUUCAGAUUCUCUGUCUGUAGAAAAUGAACACAUAAAUUAAAGAAAAACAAACAAGAUGGAUUCUUUAUUUGAAAAUGGAUGCAGUGAUUUGCAAUGUUGGCCUGCAGGACCCUUAGACAAUAAACAAAUCAAUGUAGCAGAGUUAACUUGUGCAAGGAAUUAUUCCCGUUGUUACUGUAGCAAUGUUUUAACUACACCUCAGUAUCGAUGGAAGUUUCCGUUAGAAAUAUUCGAACUGCAGAAGCUACAAUGUGAAGAUGGUUCUGCAAUAAAACCAGGUCCUCAAGAUGAUAAGCUGGACAGUAAGUCUGACAAUAAUGCUGAUCAAGAACGGAACACUGAAAGUGAUCCACAAAGGCUAGUUUAUGGAUCAGUCACACAGGCAGAUGUUGAAGAAUUCAUGGAAAAAGAUACACCAUUGGAGAGAAUAAAAAGGACUUAUGAUUUCUGGUCCCAUCAACACCUCAACAGAACACAGCAGGAGUACAACUUGUUUAAAAGUUCUACAACCAUAAUACUAUCAUUAUUGGGAUUCAAUUGGUAUAAGGGAUAUUUGGAUGCAAAAACAAGCUUUCGGAAGAAAUAUGCCCUUGUCGUAUUUCGGUCUCAAGGUCAGGCACAGAAAAGACGAUUUAAUUACCUAAUACAUACAACUCUGGGAUACGGUCUGAGAACAACAUGGAAGAUGUCAAAGUUUUUACUACCAUUAUUAAUCGGUCAACAAAUGCUAGAGGUGUAUUUAAAUCGUACAACGCCUGCUUCUUUUGCGAUUUCUAGCGGAACAGUAAGCUGUUUAUCAGGUUUUUCCCUGGGGCCAAAGGGGAUGUUUUCCAGAUUUGUGAUAGGAACUGGAGCAGGGACAUUGGCGGGUGUUGCGUACACAUGUAUAGCGAGAUUUUCCAGGCAAACCCAGGAAGAGCUAGAGUUCUACAAUGUGGCCAGAUACCUCCAGAUACAGAAGAACUUUGCCGAGGGACGUCCUUUAGAUUACAUGCCAGAAGACAUCGCAGACGUGUACAGAGAACAAACUGAUGACUUUGACUGAAUGCGUGUUGAUGUUUUGUAUUUUAUUUUUGGCAAUUUUAGAUUUACUGUAAAAUUAGGAUGAAAUAAAAAAAUAAUAUGAAAA